CACCACCACCACCACCACCACUGUUCCACUCCAAUCUCUCGCUCUAACAAAGGGAAGGGGGAGGCGGAGAAGUGUAUUUAAUUCUGAAUUUUCUGAUGGGGUCGACGGCGGGGAUGGUGCACGUGGCGGACGAGGAGGAGGCGGCGUGCAUGUACGCGAUGCAGCUGGUGAGCGCGUCGAUCCUGCCGAUGACGCUGAAGGCGGCGCUGGAGCUGGACCUGCUGGGGAUCGUGAGCAGGGCGGGGACGGAGCGGGCGAGGUUCGUGUCGGCGGCGGAGGUGGCGGCGCAGCUGCCGGGCUGCAAGAACCCGGGCGCGGCCGACAUGGUGGACCGGAUGCUGCGCCUGCUCGCCAGCUACAACGUCGUCGCCUGCGCCGUCCGCCCCGGCCCCGACGGCCGCCUCGACCGCCGCUACGGCCCCGGCCCCGUCUGCAAGUGGCUCACGCCCAACGACGACGGCGUCUCCAUGGCCCCCCUCGCCCUCAUGAACCAGGACAAGGUCCUCAUGGAGAGCUGGUACUACUUGAAGGAUGCGGUGUUGGAGGGGGGGAUCCCAUUCAACAAGGCCUACGGCAUGACGGCGUUCGAGUACCACGGCACGGACCCGCGGUUCAACAAGGUGUUCAAUGAGGGCAUGAAGAACCACUCCAUCAUAAUCACCAAGAAGCUUCUCGAGCUCUACAACGGGUUCGACGGCGUCAACACGCUCGUCGACGUUGGGGGCGGCAUCGGGGCCACGCUCUACAUGAUCACCUCCAAGUACCCCAACAUCAAGGGCAUCAACUAUGAUCUUCCCCACGUCAUCUCCGAAGCCCCUCCCUUCCCUGGAGUGGAGCAUGUUGGUGGAGACAUGUUUGCUAGUGUGCCUAGUGGUGAUGCCAUUUUGAUGAAGUGGAUUAUGCACGACUGGAGCGACGAGCACUGCGUGAAGAUACUGAAGAACUGCUGGAAGGCGCUGCCGGAGAACGGGAAGGUGAUCAUUGUGGAGUCCAUCCUCCCCGUGACCCCCGAGGCGACCCCGAGCGCGCAGGGCGUGUUCCACGUCGACAUGAUCAUGUUGGCGCACAACCCCGGUGGGAAGGAGCGGACCGAGAAGGAGUUCGAGGCGCUCUCCAAGGAGGCCGGCUUCGCGGGGUUCAAACCGCUUUACGUGUACGCGAAUUCAUGGGCUAUUGAAUUCACCAAGUAGAGAGAGGGAGAGAGAGAUAAGAGGGAAGAGGAGGAGGAGGAGAGGGAUGAGAUUUGAAUUGUGAGCUGAUCCUUGGUUCUAUGUGUUAUUAUUGCUUGGUUGUUGGUUUGUUAAGUGGUGGUGGUGUUCUAAUUGUGUUCCUAUACUAUGAUAAAAAUGUAUAAGAGUACUCCUAAAUGAUCUUUAUUUUAUAAAUACUGCCUUGUUUCCUUUUGUAGAA